AAGAAUGACAAGAUAUAAUUUUGUUUAUGUAGUUUCAUUGGAACUAGUUCAUAUUUCAAUCUAAAAUAUUUUGAACAAUAGUUGUAGUUGGAGAUGUCGAUAGAAAUACUCCAAUCCGAUUGUAAAAGAGCAGUAUCACAAUUAACUUCGCUGACUAAUGACGAGCUGGAUGCUAUUAUCAAUGAUGAUGAAAAAAUUGAGGAACUAUUAACCAACCUGGACCAAUCAUACCUAAAGGAAAUAGAAAUUGAAAAAGAAAACAUGCUGGUGAGUAAUAAUUCUAUGGCUGAAUACAAUUCAUCAAAAGAACCAGAGUUAGUUGAGGGUCGCGAAAAAAUCCUGGAGUUAUCUGCAAUGGGAGAACAGCUGUCCAAAAAUGUUGAAGCAAAAGUUAAAGAAUUAAAGGAAAAAGGAGGGGACAUGUCUUUAGAAACAGCACUUGCCCUGCUCCAAACAGCCGCCAGCGAAAUGGAGGAAGAAUCCGAUAAGAUGGCCAAAAGAUAUUUGGAAAGCGAAAUCGAGUUAGACGAUUACCUAGACAAUUUCCUAGAAAAAAGGAAACUCAUGCACCUUCGACUAGUGAAAGCAGAAAAACUAUCGAAACUGUUGCAGAGGAAUCCAUCGCUCAGUAAUGUUCCGAACUAUAUAAACGCCCCGCCGGUAAAUAUCAACAGCAAUUUUUUUCCGGGAAUCCCAGGCAACGUGCCAAGUUCAUUACCUUACCCUGUUGGACCUCAGGCGAUGCCUUACCCAUCGGGGCCGAUGGGUAUGGGGAUGAUGCCCAUGCCCCCACCUAGGAGCAACUAUUUUCAAAAUCACUAUUAGUAAUGUUGAGCCACAGUUUUAUAUCUUUAUCUACC